CUGGUGCCCACCAUGAGGCUGCUCUCCCCUGCCCUCUUGCUGGGCCUGCUCGCCGUGGCCCAGGCUGCUGAAGACUCCUGCGUGGGCCGCUGUGACAGCGGCUUCGAUGCAAAGCGCAAGUGCCAGUGCGAUGCCCUCUGCGUGUACUACCAGAGCUGCUGCAGUGACUACCCCACCGCCUGCAAAACGAAAGUGACUCGGGGCGAUGUUUUCGCCUUGCCGGAGGACGACUACGUUGACUUCAGCCAGACCACAGAAACCAGCCCUGAAGGGGUGACUGAGGCAGUGCCCACAGACUGGCCCAUGACCCUGCCACCUGCGCUGGCAACGCAGGGGACUGAGGUGGACCCUGAGCAGCCGCUGCAGGAGGAGGAGGAGCCCGUGCAGGAGCUGCCCACCACCACGCUGGAGGGACCCGUGGAGACAGACCCGGAGGAGGACCCGGAGCAGCUGUGCAGCAGGAAGCCUUUCGAUGCCUUCACCGACCUGAAGAACGGCUCCCUUUACGCUUUCCGAGGAAAGUACUUCUAUGAGUUGGACGAGACGAGCGUGCGGCCCGGCUACCCCAAGCUCAUUAGUGAUGUCUGGGGCGUAGAGGGCCCCAUCGACGCCGCCUUCACGCGCAUCAACUGCCAGGGCAAGACUUACCUCUUCAAGGGCAACCAGUAUUGGCGCUUCGAUGAUGGCACCCUGGAUCCCGGCUACCCACGUGACAUCUCCGAGGGCUUUGAGGGCAUCCCGGACAACAUCGACGCAGCCUUCGCCCUCCCCGCGCACAGCUACCACGGCAACGAGAGGGUCUAUUUCUUCAAGGAUAAGUAUUACUGGUCCUACGACUUCGCCCAGCAGCCCACGCAGGCCGAGUGUGAGAAGUCCUCGCCCUCGGCUGUGUUCAGCCAUUACGCCUUCCUGAACCGCGACAGCUGGGAGGACAUCUUCCAAAUCCUCUUUGGAAGCCGGAUGGCCGGGGCGAGCGGCCCGCGGUUCAUCAGCAGAGACUGGCGCGGGGUGCCCAGCCGGCUGGACGCUGCCAUGGCCGGCAGGAUCUACGUGGCCUCCCAGCAGCCCCGCAGGAGGAAAUCUCGCCGCCAGCGUAAGAGGUACAAGAACCAACGGUCGCUGAACCUGGGUUUCUGGAGUUGGCUGCAGAACGACUCCGAAUCUGCGGGCGUCGAGACCGACUGGCCCUCGGGCUUCCAGUGUGAGACCCUCCAGAGCGUCUACUUCUUUGUAGGAGACAAGUACUACCGCGUGAACCUGCGCACCAAGCGCGUGGACCUGGUGCGGCCCCGCUACCCGCGCUCCAUCGCCCAGUACUGGCUGGACUGCCCGCAGCCCGGGGAGGAGAGCACCUGAGCCGGGCCCGGCCGCG